AUGCAACGCACGGAGAGGGUGGAGAGCCGGACUCAGCCAACCAGGAGAUCUUGGUUGUACACAAGGUCUGAACUUGAUGCAUCGGCAUCCGAUUCUGACCCUGACGAGGACAAUGCCAGCUUGAGGGAUGAGUCUAUCUCUGGGUCUAGCUUCGCGAAUCUUUGCGUGGGAUGGCCACAGCUGAGCUGCUGUUCCUGGGUUGUCUUGAACACAUUGUCAUGCUUGGCAGUGGUGGCCAGUGUGGGGGGGACCGUGGUGAUCUCUGUGCCGCAGAUCAGCAAAAUGCUGUAUUGCAUUCAUAUAUACAAUGCCGUUGAGCUGACUUCGUCAAUAUUCUUCAUCAUUGAAUACUUGGUGCGCCUCAUUGCUUCCGGACAGAAAUGCUGGAAGUACGCCACCUCUAUACUGGGCAUUGUCGAUUUGCUGGUUUGUCUCAUAGCCCUUCCCACAAUUUACACCAAGCUCAUCAGCUGGACUGCAGAUCCCUUUCAUGCUGGGCACGCCUUCCAUAUUUUGGCGUGCCUUCGAAUGUUUCGACUCUUCAAGCUUCUGCAGUUUGUGAAGGAGUGCCAGAUGCUAACGUCAGCGAUCCGCAAGGAUCUGAGGUUUAUUGCAGUGUACCUCUUCGGUGUGUUUGUGGUGGUCCUGGUGCUAGGCAGCUGCCUGUAUGCAGCUGAGCACAGUCGCAACGAGUCGUCUGCAUUUGCUUCUAUACCGCUUGGCAUGUGGUGGGCGACUGUGACUCUGACCACAGUUGGAUAUGGCGACCUGGUGCCAGAGACCAUCUUUGGCAAGCUCUUUGCCUCUCUGUCGAUGUUGAUCGGUUAUGGCAUGCUAGCAGAUGCCUUUUGCUGGAAGAAGCUGUGUCGCUUUGGUGCUGGCGCGCUCACUUUGAUCACCCACCUUGGCGAGCCACUGAAUCUCACUUCAGCCUUUUGCUGCCUUGGCUUCCGCUUCGUCCUGGACAAGAUGUGA